ACGUGGAUGGAAAUGGAGAAGCGGCCGAAUGUCCUGUUGACAGGUACUCCAGGUGUUGGGAAGACCACGCUUGGUAAAGAAUUAGCUGCCAGAACUGGGCUGACAUAUAUCAACGUGGGGGACUUGGCAAAAGAAGGAAACCUGUAUGAGGGCUUUGAUGAAGAAUAUACAUGUCCUAUUCUGGAUGAUGAUCGGGUGAUUGAUGAACUCGAAACUAAGAUGAGUGAAGGUGGGAUCAUAGUAGAUUACCACAGUUGUGAAUUCUUCCCGGAGAGAUGGUUUGAUAUCGUGUUUGUCCUUCGCACGGACAAUUCAUUCCUAUAUAACCGACUAGAAAGCAGGGGCUAUCAAGGAAAGAAGCUUCAGGACAACAUUCAGUGUGAGAUUUUCCAGACAAUUUAUGAAGAGGCCAGAGAGUCGUACCGAGAGGAAAUAGUGCACCAGCUCCCCAGCAACACACCCGAGGACCUGGAAAGCAACUUGGAGCAGAUUGUGCAGUGGAUUGAACAGUGGAUGAAAGAUAACAACUGAACUCCGGGAAAUGCAGACGGCCUUGCAAAUGCAAUUUGUGUUUGAAGGGCAAACCUGCUGUAGAAUGACGGCAAUAAUGUGACAGUGAAACAACUGCUAUUGUGUUCCCGUGAAACAUUGCCGGUGUUUAAGCAAUGGAAAAAGACCAUGAAUUUUGGACUACAUAGAUGUAAUUUUAUCUUGAGAAAUAUUUAGCAACAUAGUACGGGUUACUAGAAGUUUGUUUGGGUGCUUAAAUUGAGGAAUAUAAGAUCCAAGCUGAAACAGAACAAUGGAAUAUUUUCCAGAAGUGAAAAUUGAACUAUUGUCUGUAUUCUAUGAGUGCUAAUUAUUUAGAGGAGACGCUGAUGCAAUGUAUUUUUCAAAAAAUAAAUGAUACUAU